UUUCCCCCACUCUGUCUCCAUCUGAACCACACACCUGGAGAAGGAAACUCACCUGGGCACCCUAGUGCCACCCAACAGCCAUCAUGAGGGAAGCUGAUCAAAUCCUGGUUGAUUGACUUACUUGUUAAGCAGGGAACCACCUCUUUCAUCAGACACAAUGAAAUCAGGUCAGUAGAGUAAUGCAGUCCCUGGGGACUAGUUCCUACAGUAGAAGACUGUACAUCCAAGCUGCUGGGUUUUUAUAACAUAAUGUAUGAAUGAGCCGAAAUUGUGUGUCCUAUAGGUCAGGAGAGGGGAACCUUUUUUUUCUGAUAAGGGCCAAACUCCCCUUAUAGACUCCUUUGGAGGCCAUAACCAGAGCACAAAGUGCAUGGACCCAGAAACAGAACAGGGUGGAGCCAAGAACAGAAAUAGCCAGGGCACCCCCCCUGUCUCUUUCUGCCACCCCUUUCCCCCAUUCUCCUCACCACAACCAGCUGCAUGACAUCAGGCCACAAGUUGCCCGUUCUAUGAUUUCUGCUCUAAGUACACACACAUCAGGGAGUCAGGAUUGGCUGAUGCUGCUUGUCAGGUGUGUACACUCCUCAGCACAUCCUCAACUAACCAGCUACUUUCAGGUGGAGUGGAUAAUUCUGGCCCAUGGCCCAUUGGCUUCCGUACCAUUACGGUGUUUUGUGGGAGGGGGAGAUUUUUGCCUUUGAUGUCAGGUGGCCAAACUUAUUUACCUGCUCUUUCAUUAAGCUACCUAGGCCCUGCCAUCAUCAUCUAAGGCCCUUUCCCAUAUACAUCUUCAGAAGGAGGUGCAGAGGGUGGCAAUGGAAGAGAAGAAGAGGCCUUUUCCGUGGGGUCUUCCUAUCUGCAGUACACUCUCCCCAGAGUCCAACUUUAGUUAGUAUUUAGACACAAGACUAAUAUAUUCCACUUUGGUAUUUAACUUAGAUCACACUGCAGGGUGAUUUAUGCCAUUUGUGGUGCUCAUCUUUUAGUGGGGUGCAGGUGGGGGGGAGAGUAGGAUUCGUACCUUAUAUUCAUUUUGGAUGAGCACCUCUAUUCAUUUUGGUUCUCUUCUCUUGUCACAAGAACAUAAGAAGAGCCCUAGUGGAUCAGGCCAAUGAUCCAUAUAGUCUGGCAUGCUGUUAUCAUGGUGGCCAACCAGGUGCCUAUUGGAAGCCUGCAAGCUGGUAGUGAGCUCAACGGCACUCUGCCCACCUGUGACCCCCAGAAACUGGUAUUUGGAGGUAUAAUGCUACUGACAGUGAAGCUAGAAUAUAGACUUGUCCUCCAUGAGUAUGUCCAACCCCCUAAGUUUGGUGGCUGCCACAUGAAAAAGUACUUUUUCCUCUUUGGGCAAGAGUCUUCCAACACUCAGCGUCAUUGGAUGUUCACAUACUAUUAUGAGAGAGGCAUAAAAACUUUUCUCUAUCCCCUCUCUCGGGAUGCGAGUGGCGCUGUGGUCUAAACCACAGAGCCUAGGAGUUGCUGAUCCGAAGGUCAGCGGUUCGAAUCCCCACGACGGGGUGAGCUCCUGUUGCUCGGUCCCAGCUCCUGCCAACCUAGCAGUUCGAAAGCACGCCAGUGCAAGUAGAUGAAUAGGUACCGCUCCAGCAAGAAGGUAAACAGUGUUUCCAUGCGCUGCUCUGGGUCGCUAGAAGUGGUUUAGUCAUGCUGGCCACAUGACCCCGGAAGCUGUACGCCAGCUCCCUCGGCCAAUAAAGCGAGAUGAGUGCCGCAACCCCAGAGUCGGUCACGACUGGACCUAAUGGUCAGGGGUCCCUUUACCUUUACCUACUCUCUCCAUGCCGUACAUCAGUGCUUCCCAAUUAGCUAAGUACUGUGAACCCUCUGUUUUUCAAAAGCCAAACCAUGGACACAUGGUUUUGAAAAUUUGAAAAUUUUGAUUAUCUCUAUGGUAGUUUUUGUUACGUGAAUGGAAUCCCUGGGUGGAUUAUGCGGACCCUCUGGGAUCCAUGGACCACCAAUCAGCAACCACUGCCAUGGAUUACUUUGCAGACUCCUAUAAUGUCUAACUCUUUCUUGCCCUAUCUCUAAACUAAAAGGGCUCAAACGCUGCAGCCUUUCUUCAUUUCGGCUGCCCAUUUCCUGAAUCUUUUCCAACCCUACAAUAUGUUUUCCCCUCACUGUCCUAAGGAUUUGUUUAAAAACAUACGGCUGUAUCCAACUAAGUUUUACUCAGUCAGCCUAUUGAAAUCAAUGUACCUAGGUUAGUCGGUGGGCCUACUCUGUGCAGGACUAGCAUUGGCUACAGCUUGGGGGAAGAGUCAGGCUGGAUCAGGCAAAAGGCUUCACUCUUCCAGCAUCCUGUUCUCACAGUGGCCAAAAAUAUACCUUUGCCUGUUGUUUGAGGACUUGGAAGAGACCAGGGUUCAAACUCCCCUCCUCAAGGAGGCUCACAGGGUAAACUGGGGCCAGUCACUGCCUUACAGGAUCGUCGGGACAAUUGGAGAAUUGCGCCACCUUGAGGUCCUUUGGAGGAAAAGCGAGCGAUAACCGCAGCGAAUAAAUAUUAAUAAUAAUAAUUAGAAAGCACUGGCGAUUCCCACCAACUGGCAUUGAGGCGCGCGCACAAAGGCUCUGACACUAGCAGUAACCAACCUGCGUCUUCGCCGCUGAUAGCCUUCGCCCAUGAAAACAGUAUUUCCAGCGCCGCACCCACACUGGUUUGGGGGCGCCCGCCCUCUUCCCCGCCCCUCGCUCCGCCUCCGGCCUCUGGUCCGCAGGGGGCGGCUAUAAGAAAGGCCGGCAGGAGCCGGCAAAGGUGCAGCUGCUCCGCAAAGCUUGUGGGUUGGGAUCGCGCUUCUGAAACCAUCCGAGCGCGCCAGAGACGCCCCCACAGCCGGAGGUAAGUACGUACGCCGCCAUCGGGCAGGCGUCCCCGUGCGCUCCCGCCGCGUUCCCCGCGACCCCCUUCCGAAAGCGGGCGAAAAGCGCCGCGACUCGGAAGUCAAGUCCCGAAGUGAAUCCGUAUAUUGUUUCCGAGUAAAGCCUCGCGGGCGCCGCAGCCCCAGAGCCGCGUUCCGCCGGAUGGAGAGGUUAAUCGGGGUGAAAAGGAGAUGAGAUCGGGGUUCUCCUUUUUAGAGGGGCUUCUUCUAUUUCUCGCCUACCCAUCUCUGAGUCGAGGUUGCGCGCGCGCGCGCUCGCACCGGGCUCGACCCAUUUCCUAGGGGGGAAAUGCACGGUUUUCGCCCAACUUCUGAUCCACGAGGGCUCUUGGCGCGGUUUAGGGGGCGUCAAGUCGCUUUCUUCCGAGUAGCCCCCACUGAAAUCGCUUGGGGCGCCCCCGCGUAAAAGCACCCAGGGGGUUGCCGUUCAACAAGACUUUUUGCUUUUGUGUCCAGCCAAGUUCUUCUCGGGCUUGAAGUUGUAGUUCUCGGGAAUGUAGGCGAAAAUCGCGCCGGCAUUUUCUGCAGCUUCGUGGCGCUGCCGGCUGGUGAUUGACCAGCCUUGGGGCCUUUUUCAAAAGGAAGCUGACCGUGAAAAACUCAAAACAUAUUUAACGUAUUUACAUUUACUGGUGUUAUUAGUGGUUGUAUUGGCCCUUUAGCGGGCUUCAUGAGGGGGCAUGCUUUUAAAAAAAUUAAAAUUAAAAAAAGAUCUUAUUAGUUUACAAAAGUACAUGGAUUGUCUCAUUUUUCAAGUUGUUUGCUACAGAUCAAUUACAUUUGUGGAGAGACAUUAGUGUUAUAUGCAGUAUAAGGUUCGAGAAAGGGGGGGAGGGUGGUGGUAAAACCUAUAUUAUUUUACUCAGUGUUAUGUGUGGGGUUUUGUGUCAGUGUCCCUUGGGUAGGUUGCUUUUCUAUUUGCUUGUUAUAUUUCCUUGGUAGUGAGAGGUUGGAGGGGCACGUUUUGUAAGUCACUCAGGCAUCUUGUGAAAAGCUAUGAAUUAAUGUAAUUUAUCAUAACAGCAGUGAGUGAGAUUUUGAAUUCAGUAAGACUCUUUUAUCAGGCUGGACGUUGAUUUAAAAAAGUUAUUAGAAAUUUAUUUGUAGUUUCUUUAAAAUAUUACCUGGGACGUGGGUGGCACUGUGGUCUAAACCACUGAGCCUCUGGGGCUUGCCGGUCCCUGCUCCUGCCAACCUAGCAGUUCGAAAGCACACCAAAAAGUGCAAGUAGAUAAAUAGGUACCGCUCCAGCGGGAAGGUAAACAGCAUUUCUGUGCACUCUGUCUUCCGCCAAGGUGUUCUGUUGCACUAGAAUCUGUAUUUGACGCAUAUUUAAAACUUACUGUAGAACAACGUUUGAAUAAAAUCAUCACUUAAAUGAGUGUUUUAAAAAAAUAUACAAAUUAAAUUCCACCACGUCAUCAACACAAACUGUUAGCCUAUUUGAAUGCCUCUGGGAAUAGGUUUUAAGUGCCAGGAAAGAGAAAAGCUGGAUGAAUAACCAUUGAAUACAAAAGAUAAAUUACUCUUUAAAUACCGUUUUGAAAAUAUGUAAAAAUUAAUCAACCCCUGAUUUCCCUGGAGAGAGUGGUAAGCAAUUCUACCGUCAUCAUGAAAAUGAUAUUGUGGAUUGUAUAAAAUGUCAAUCUUAAUUCAGAAUUGACUUGUUGAAAUGAAUGGACGCAACAAACUUAAAUACCACUCCAUCUCUGCUAAUUUUUAAAGUGUAGAAUCUUUUGUUACUAUUAUUUAGUUAUGAUUUCUUUAUUUAGCUUUGUAUACAGUCCUAUAUCUGUAGAUUUCGGGACAGUUGACAACAUUAAUUUGCAAUAUAAAAAACACAAAAUACUGUGCAUAAUAAAAAUUGAAACAAAAACAAUCCAGCAAUCCCCGUUUUAUAGGGUUGCAAAGGAAGGCCUCUCUCACACACACACCCCAAAGCCAACAACUUUAAAACAUGGCGAUAAAUACGGUAAAUUACAAAUAUUUUGAAAACUUUGUAUAAGCUGCCCAAGAACAGGGUGAAUGAUAGAUAAAUUGAAAUAGCUAAUCAUCAAGAAGAGCCUGACUGCUGGGUUGAACAAAAGGCCCCUCUAGUCCAGCUUCUUGUUCUCAGAUGCCCCAAUAGGAAGCCUGCAAUUAGGCCCCAAGCCAACAGCAACUCCCCCCCCCCACUUGUGACUUCCAGCAGCUGCUACACAGAGGCACAUAAGGAGUGCAAAGAAGUCUUGCUGUUUUCCGCUGCACAGGUGAAGCAAGGGACCCCUCAAGGAAAAGAGACCUGUAGCCCCUGAAUUAUAUUACUUUUCUUACAUUUUCUCAGAAUGCUAGAACACUAGAAGGGAAAUGGCUUUGUUGCUUGGAGUUUUGGAAGAAGCCCAGAGAGAGAGCCUCCACUACAGUGGUACCUCAGGUUAAGAACUUAAUUUGUUCUGGAGGUCCGUUCUUAAUCUGAAACUGUUCUUAACCUGAGGUACCACUUUAGCUAAUGGGGCCUCCUGCUGCCACUGCGCCACCGCUGCACGAUUUCUGUUCUCAUCCUGAGGUAAAGUUCUUAAUCCAAAGUAUUAUUUCUGGGUUAGUGGAGUCUGUAACCUGAAGCGUCUGUAACCUGAGGUACCACUGUGCAGAGGUACCUGGGGUUACAUAUGCUUCAGGUUACAUACACUUCAGGUUACAGACUCCACUAACCCAGAAAUAUUACCUCAGGUUAAGAACUUUGCUUCAGGAUGAGAACAGAAAUCGUGCUCCGGCGGCGUGGCAGCAGCAGGAGGCCCCAUUAGCUAAAGUGGUGCUUCAGGUUAAGAACAGUUUCAGGUUAAGUACGGACCUCCGGAACAAAUUAAGUACUUAACCUGAGGCACCACUGUACUGCCUUAUCUGCCUCAAGGCUCUGGAAUGAUUGUGCAAAGGGCAGAAAGCCUCAAAGGCUGACCUUAAGGCACUGGUUUAGUCUGUGGGGGUGCAGUUGGUUUUUAAGGUAACAAGAGUCCUAAAUUAUUUACAUCAGGAUUAUGGCAUCUUGGAUGUAGUUGGAUGAUAGUUCUCUUCACCCCUGACCAUUUGCCAUUUUGGCUGGUGGUGGUGGGAGUUGGAGCCCAACCGGGGGGGAGGGGUGAGGCACAGCUUCCCCAUUCAAAUUUUCAGCCUUAAAAGUCCCCAUCAUUUCUGUUUAAUGGAUGGAGGAGGGGGCAGGGAGAGAAUACAAUGGGCGUGAAUUUUUUGCCAUGCCCCAUAAAAAAAAAAAAAUCUUCAUCUUACACCUCCUCCAUUGUCUUAACAUGUAAACUGAAGAAUCAUUCUGUUAAGUCUCAAUAUGUUCUUUGCCUGUUUUGGAACAUAAGUUCACUUGGCCCUAAGAUAUAUAUUUUGCCCAGAGGUGAAAAGAAGAUGUAGUAGCAACCAAGGAAGAGUGGCUAAUUAAAUUACAGUGGUGCCCCGCAAGACGAAUGCCUCGCAAGACGGAAAACCCGCUAGACGAAAGGGUUUUCCGUUUUUGAGUUGCUUCGCAGGACGAAUUUCCCUAUGGGCUUGCUUCGCAAGACGAAAAUGUCUUGCGAGUCUUGAGAUUUUUUUUCGCUUUCCCCUUUUUCUAAGCCGCUAAUAGCCUUUUAGCAGCUAAUCCGCUAAGCCGAUAAGCCUUUAAUAGCCGCUAAACCGCUAAUAGCGCUAAUCCGCUAAGCCGCUAAUAGGGUUGCUUCGCAAGACGAAAAAACCGCUAGACGAAGAGACUCGCGGAACGGAUUAAUUUCGUCUUGCGAGGCACCACUAUAAUGGAUUGUGCUGAAAUGGCAAGGGUAACGGGUGUAAUAAGAAACCAAGAAGGGGGGGAGUUAUUAAAGAUUGGGGGGGGGGAAUUGUGGAAUAUUGGAAAAAUUCGUGAAUGCAAAUAAGUUCAUUAACAGGGUUAAUGUAAAACAAGUUAAACAUAUUACUAAGAGAAACUAAAGAAUAAUUUAAAGAUGGAGUAAUGUGGAAAAUAGGGACGCGGGUAGCGCUGUGGUCUAAACCACAGAGCCUAAGGUUUGCUGUUCAGAAGGUCGGCGGUUCGAAUCCCCACAAUGGGGUGAGCUCCCGUUGCUCGGUCCCUGCUCCUGCCAACCUAGCAAUUCGAAAGCACCUCACAGUGCAAGUAGAUAAAUAGGUACCGCUACGGCGGGAAGGUAAAUGGCGUUUCCGUGCGCUGCUCUGGUUCGCCAGAAGCCGCUUAGUCAUGCUGGCCACAUGACCCGGAAGCUGUACGCCGGCUCCCUCGGCCAAUAAAGUGAGAUGAGCACCGCAACCCCAGAGUCGGCCACAACUGGACCUAACGGUCAGGGGUCCCUUUACCUUUAACAUGGAAAAAGUAUAAAAAGUAAAACUAAAAAGAAAUCACAAAGGGGAGGGGAGGGAAGCCAGACGUGUGUGCAGUAUUAGAAAUGUAUGUGAUUUGUCUUUUUGUAAGUUGUAUGUCUGUAAAUUUUUGAAAACCCAAAAAAAAUUAGAUUUAAAAAAAGAAAGAUAUUUGCCUAGUGUCACCUUAAGGUGAGCUCUGCUUCUUCCUCCAGCAUUGAACUGGCCUACAAAUUCCAGUGUUUGUUUUCCCACUUCCUUGUUGGGUGUUAGCUUAGUGUGGUUGGCAAGUUCCUGUUUCUCCCCUGAUACUUUGCUAGCUGGAUCUCUACUGGCGCUCAAGGAGAAAAAACUUUAGGCUGAAAACUUGUUUAGGAAGCCAAACCAAUACUUUAACAAGCAUAGCUACCACCUCCCCCCAGUGCGUUUUAGUGCAGGGAUGCAGACUUGUUUCUUGUUUUGAUAAAGCUCUUUAUCCAUUUUAAUGCACCGGCAUCAGCUUCCCCCCUCUUUACAAUCUCCAGGUGCCAGUCCAGGGAUGGAAGGAGCCUGUAGCCCUCCAUAGGUUGUUGGACGACAACUCACAUUGUCCCUCACUAUUGUUCAUGCUGGGUGGACCACUGGCGGGAUUUGGCACCCAAGAUCUGGAGGGUCAGAGGUCUCCCCCCCCCAUGCAGCUGAAACUGUGGAUACUUCCAUUGUUUAAUUUUAAAAAUUAAAAUUCUGUUUGCAUGCAGAAUGCAGUUGUGGAAACGUUUUGAUAUUACUGCUUAUUAGCACUAUGUGGAAUUUCAUGAAUAAAUGGGGAAGGGGUUUUGGGGCGGGGAGGAAAGAGAUGGGGGGGGCCCUCCCAGGAAGAAUCUGUUAUAUAAUUCUCCUUCCAAAAGUUACCAGCUUGUAUUAACCCAAUCUUCAACCACUGUAAAAAUGGACCUGUCCGGUAUCUCUUUCAUUGUCCCCCCUGCCCACAAAUCAAUCUUGCAUUGCCCUAGAGCAGGCUAGCUAGUAGGUGUGGGGUUGAUUCACAGCAGAUAACUCCUUCUCAGCUGUGAGAUGUUUGAGAUAACAAUCCUAUUCAUUCCACCUCUGAUCUGAGCCCCUGCAGCCGCACUCUUAUGUCUGGGGUGUGGUUAAUCCAAUCAUACAAAACACCUCCUCCUCCAAAGCUUCUAGCUCCUUCACCUCUUUCAGGGACAGCUGCUGAGGUUCCAAUUGCUUAAUGGAAGUGAGGCUGGGAAAAGAGAUGUUGAGGGGAAGAGACCAGUUGUGCAAGUUUGGUGGUGCUUUCAUUUGCCUAGGAAUACAGGGAGCUGCCUCAUACAGACCGUUGGUCCAUCUAGCUCAGUAUUGUCCACUAUAAGGCAAACCGACUCUGGGGUUGCAGCGCUCAUCUUGUUUUAUUGUCCGAGGGAGCCGGCGUACAGCUUCCGGGUCAUGUGGACAGCAUGACUAAGCCGCUUCUGGCAAACCAGAGCAGUGCACUGGAAACGCCGUUUACCUUCCCACUGGAGCAGUACCUAUUUAUCUACUUGCACUGGCGUGCUUUCAAACUGCUAGGUUGGCAGGAGCUGGGACCGAGCAACGGGAGCUCAACCCGUCGCAGGGAUUCGAACCGCCGACCUUCUGAUCGGCAAGCCCUAGGCUCUGUGGUUUAACCCACAGUGCCACCCGCGUCCCUCUUGUUCACUAUAAGCAAGCCUUAUUAUCGCUUCGUUCACCUAGCAGCGCAAGGAAGGUUUGGUCAUUUACCCCAGCAGAUGAGCUCUGAAACUCACACACAGUUUGAAGGGGAUCUAAAACGUCUUCCUUCCUCUCCUCCCUAGGUUGCCACCAUGUCUGUGUCGCACAGUUCCAAGCUGAACAAGGUGGUCAGGGACCAGUACAUGAAGCUGCCCUUGGGGGACAAGGUGCUGGUCACAUACAUCUGGAUCGAUGGAACUGGCGAAGGCCUUCGCUGUAAAACCAGAACACUGAGCCAGGAACCAAAGACCAUUGAAGGUAAGGCUGGGCGGCGGUUGCCCUCAUCCUCUCUUGCAGGGGCAAGGAACCUUUUCUUUCAGUUCCCCUCUGGAGAACCUUCCAGGAGGCCACAUGCAAGUGGCAGGAGGAGCCAGGGGCACAAGUGGGCAGAGCUUUGGGUGUUACAUGUCACCUCUGUAGUGCAGGCUAGUUUCUGCACAGCAAAGGGCAAGGACGCAUCCCACCCAGGCAAAAACACUCAGGGAAUGGUGCAAAGCAGAGCCAGUAGGAAGUGUGGUUUGGAGAGUCCCAAGGGCCAGAUAGAAAGGCUUUGAGGGCCACAUUCAACCUCUGGGCCUGAGGUUCCCUUAUUCCUGCUCUCUUUGGUGGCUCUGCUUGUGGUUAAAAGUUCCAACACCUUAUGCAGUGUGGCUUCCUCUGUUCUCUCUACCUGUUUACAGUCCAGCUUUGGAUCUGUCGACUCCCAGCAUAGUCUCACCCAAGUAGCAAUCUAGUGUUAGGAGCUAGAAACUUGCAGAAUCCUUUCUAAACAGGCAGGUCCCCAGACACCUGGCUUAAUUAUUAUUAUUAUUUUCUACUUUUGCUUCCUGAAAUGUUUGCCAAUGUAAUUGGAAGCGACUUUUUACUUCCUUUUGGGGAUUCUCAACUGCAGGCUGGGCUGCAGUUAAUGUGGAUGCCACUUGGCCUAUGCAAAUGCUUAGCGACAGGUACAUGAAUGAACCUGCCAGCUUUGAUUACAGGGAGUGGAAGAAGCAGGGCUGGGUUCCUUUUGAUGCCCUCUUGUGCAUCUUAAGGGGAGUUGUCUGUUAGGCUUUUUUACAGGGAAAUGUCACCCCAAGGUGAGUAACCCAUUCAUUCAAUCAUGUGUGAGGAACCUCUAGACUGCAGGCUUAAUGAGGCCUACCAGUCCUCAUAUAUUUGGCCAGGUCUCAUCCACCUGACGUCAUAGGAACAUAUGAGAUUUACUUGUAGUGUAUCAAGGCACUGGUUAAUGUAGUUCAGUUUUUUUUUACACUGAUUUGCAGCAGCUCGUCAGAACAUUCUCAGGCGUUCCUAGACGUCCCAGGAAUGGAACCUGGGGCCUUCUGUGUGCAAGACAGAUGUUCAACCUUCCCUCUGAGCUGAAGCCCUUCCCUCUGAUACCUGAAGUGUGGAAAGGCUGCUGAGUUAGCCCAAAAUGGGCUCCUAAAGUGCCACUGAACUGCUGAUCAUCAGAACUUCAGGUCACAGAGUGUGGGUCUUUUCAAGCCCCUUCCUAAGCAUGAUGCUUAGAAGACCAGAUGAUCAGCUGAUUUUUCAGGGCUCCGGAGUACAAGGCAGGGCUCUUUACAGGCCCCUUGCAAAGUGACUUAUGCUGUGCCGUCAGAUUUGGACCACAGCAGGUAAGGGAGACAAGGCUCUGUCUUGUUGACCAGGUCCAGUUUUCCCAGCUGAUGGUCUGGACUGAAGCGAAAAAGCUGCCUUAUACCACCUAAUGCCACAUACUGUUUGCACUGGCAAUGUGUUGCAUCUUUUACUGCAGCAGCACCUCCUCUCUGGAACUCCCUGCCUCUUGUUAUUAUGCAGGGUGCUUUUAAUGUGUUGUUCUUGGAACCUACUAAAAACUGGUCAGCUUGCUUAAGUCAGGCUCCCCAGACAUCUAAAUUUAUUAUUAGGCAUAAAUGUGUUUAAAAACAAAAACAACUGCUGGUUUUAUUUAUAUUUUGAUAAAUGUUUCUGCUUUUCUGUUGGAAAAUAGUUUUUCUGUUUUUUAAUAUUUUUUUACUCCCUUAAGUGUAUUUUCUUUUUGUUCUAUGCAAACUGCUUAGGGGUUUUAGUUUAUGUAUAUAUAAACUCCCCACUCCAAGGAGUUGAUUAAUUAAUAAGUUAGUUAGUUAGUUAGUUAGUUAGUUAUCUAGUUAGCUAGUUAAAUAAAUAAAUAAAUGCAGGGUCUGUCUAUGGCAGGCAUAGGCAAACUCAGCCCUCCAGAUGUUUUGGGACUAAAACUCCCAUCAUCCCUGACCACUGGUCCUGUUAGCUAGGAAUGAUGGGAGUUGUAGUCCGAAAACACUGGAGGGCGGAGUUUGCCUAUGCCUGGUCUAUGGGUUCACGUAGCUGAGUAUUAUUGCUGCUCACUAGAAGCGACUCUCCAGGAUAUUUCCACAGCUGGGGCAAAAGCAGGGUGUCUCCCCUUGUCCUACCCGGAGAUGCCAGGGAUUGAACCUGGGUUCUUCUGCAUGUAAAGCAGGUGCUCUACCUCUGAGCUAUGGCCCUUAUUCUCACCAAGCAUUUCCCCCCGGCCAGCCUCUAAUAGGUCUGGAUUCAGUGGAGUGAUACCUAAAACACCUUUAUUUCAAUCCCUCCUGCAGAUCUCCCAGAAUGGAACUUUGACGGAUCCAGCACAGGCCAGUCUGAAGGCUCCAACAGCGACAUGUUCUUGAUCCCCGUUAAGAUAUUCAGAGACCCUUUUACCCUUGACCCCAACAAGCUUGUCUUAUGUGAGGUUCUGAAAUACAACCGGAAGCGGGCAGGUGAGGUCUUAUUCAGUGUUCCAUGUCCUCCAAGUUGGACAACCAAUAAUAGCCUUUGCACACCUGCAAACCUUGAGCUUGAAGCAAAAUGGCGUGUUGACAUAACUUUUCUUCCUUGCAGAAACCAAUCUGAGGAGCAGCUGCAAGAUAAUCAUGGACAUGGUCAAAGAGAGUCAGCCUUGGUUUGGGAUGGAGCAAGAAUACACUUUGCUGGGUGUCGAUGGACACCCAUAUGGCUGGCCCAAGAAUGGUUUCCCAGGCCCACAAGGUAAGAAGAAUAAGGCUUUCAGCUGAAAUGGAUGGAUGCAGGUAGGGGUAUGAGAGGACAUGCCUUCUGGCUGGCACCAUAUCAGAUAUACCGCAAAAUUCUUUGGCUUUAAUGUUGUAUUACAUAUAUACUGCAAGAAUGAGCGGCAUCCUGUAAAGGGACCCCUGACCAUUAGGUCCAGUCAUGACCGACUCUGAGGUUGUGGCGCUCACCUCGCUUUAUUGGCCAAGGGAGCCGGUGUACAGCUUCCGGGUCAUGUGGCCAGCAUGACUAAGCCGCUUCUGGCAAACCAGAGCACCACACGGAAACGCUGUUUACCUUCCCGCCGGAGCGGUACCUCUUAUCUACUUGCACUUUGACGUGCUUUCGAACUGCUAGGUUGGCAGGAGCAGGGACCGAGCAACGGGAGCUCACCCCCUCGCGGGGAUUCAAACCACCGACCUUCUGAUCAGCAAGUCCUAGGCUCUGUGGUUUAACCCACAGCGCCACCCGAAGCCCUUGGACUACUUGAUUAGUUUUUUUGAAGCAUCCUGCUCUUCAGUCAAAUAAGGCUCCCAAAUUUCAUUUCACCCUUCCUGCCUUCAGGCUUAACAAUCUAAAAGGCAUGACACAAAAGUAAAAAGGGAUGGGGAGGGAGGAGGAAAAAUAACCUUUCAUGUGGUUCUUGGCCUAACUUAAUUAGUAUGGUGAGGAGGGGGAAAGGAAGUGGCAGAGCAACAGACAAAAGAUGUUGCUGAGCUUUGCCAAGCUUGGUGAAAAUAAAAUGCCAUUGCAGCAAGGGUGGGGUUUUCUGACGGGGGCCAGGGGAGCUCAGUCUUUGAACCUCUGCCUGUUGCUAGCAGGAGAAUUCACAAAUAGUCCCCUUUCCCCUAAAGGUUUUGGUAGAUGUUUGUUAUGCCAUAAGUCAAGAUGGUUGCCUGUCAAGAUCCUAUAUAACUCAGAGAUGAAAAACAUUGGUGGUAGUUCACCUGCUUUGCAUGCAGAAGGUCUCAGGUUCAGUCCCUGGCAUCUACAGGUAGGGGUGGGAAACCGUCCCUGACUCAAAACCUGGAGAGCCGCUUGCAGUCACUGCAGACAAUAAUAAGCUAGAUGGACCAAAGAUCUAACCUGUACGAGGCAGCUUCCCACGUUUCUAUGUUCCUGCCCUGUGGGACCAGAUGCACUGUCCAAGCCUCUCCCUGGUUUUCUGCUUGCCAGGAUGGAUGAUGGAAGAGAUGUGAGUCAGUUAACACUUGUUGCUUCACCCACUUUUGGCUGCUCCUGCCACUGGCAGGUGGCUCCCACAAGGUUCCUUCAGGAGGGAAUGUGGGCGUUGUCUAAGAAAUGUUCCCCAACUCUGCUACGAAUUGAUGGGUCCCUGCUGCUGAGUCACAGAUAAGGGCCUCAGAAUAAUCAUGUGAUCAAGUACUGUCUUGCUGAUGCAAGCAAUACACCUAUAUACGUGCGCGCACACACACAAACAGAUAUGCAUGCUGCCUUGCAGUUGCCAUCUGUGCAUUGUGUAUCUUGCAAAUCAUCUGACCUUUCCCUCCCUGACGUUGCUUGCCUGACCUGGCAUUGCACAAAAGUUUCCACUCGCUAACCGGUUUGGUUGAGAAAUCCUCCUUCAUGUGAGGGAUUACUGAAAGGUGCAUGCCAGGCCCUUUCAGCAAAGAGUGUUCUGCCCUUGCCAUGUGCCUUGCAAGCAAGUCUCUGAACUGGGGCAACCAGUGGAGGCUGCUUUGUUAGGGCAAGUAGGGCACUACCCUACCAACUUAAGCCUGCCCUCAGCCAGCCCCCUCAACAUUUUUCUGUCACUGCUUUCCCCCUUCUCAGUGCACCUCCCUUUCUCCCAUGCUUUUGCCACUGCUGUUCUGUUGUAGUCUGCCUUCGCUUUUGCUCCACUCCUCCUGCCCUGACUUCACGCAAAUCCAGAUUGCGACACAGUGCCUCAAAUCCUCCAAUGGGGGAACCUUACGUUUUUAUUAAAUAGAGAUAAGUGGCGGGGCCCCUCUGGCCCUCCAUAUAUUGUCAAACACUUUCUUCCACCAGCCCUGGCCAGCUUGGCCAAUGGUCAGGAAUGAUGGGAGUUGUAGUCCAAAAAAUCAAAAGGGCCACAGCUAUAAACAGAGGUAAAGCCUGGAGGUGUUACUUGCUAUGUCAUAAAUAAAUCUUGGCAAGUGCUGGGACCCAAUGCUUUUUUCCUGGAGGUACUCAAGGGUACUCAAUACAGCACUUUCUAUAACAAAUUCAUGUUGAGUACUGGCACCUUUUUUUCUUUUUCUUUUUAAAAAGCAAAGGAUGGGCCUAACAUUUUAACAGGUGAAGACUGUGUGUAAGGAAGAGGAGAUAGAUCCCAAUGGCGGUUUUUCCAACUUAGGGGAGACAGUCCCUUGUCCCUGUCUCUCUGUCUUUGUUUCUUAUGCAGUUCUUUCCUAAGAUGGCACCUCCUGUUGGAUAUGCACAUAUCUCCUAACAAAGCAGCAGUCUAAUUGUAUGUGUCAUGUGCUUUUUCUUUCCUAGGACCUUAUUAUUGUGGCGUUGGGGCCGACAAGGUGUACGGGCGUGACAUAGUGGAGACCCAUUACAGGGCCUGCAUUUAUGCUGGUGUGGAGAUCUGUGGCACCAAUGCUGAAGUCAUGCCUUCUCAGGUAUGUAGAAAGAGGACUUAUGGAGCAUCUGUUUUGCAUGCAGGAGUCCCAGGUUCAACCCCAAUAGCAUCUCCAGGUGGGGCUGGGUGAGAAAGGAAGCUGCUGCUGGUCAGUGUAGACAAGACUGAACUAGAUGGGCCAGUUGUUUGAUUCAGUAUAAGACAGUUUCCUGCGUCCCUGUGAUGAGGAAGUGUGCAUUCCCUGGGUCCCCUUACAGAGGGUGGGAGGAGUGAUCAAGAGCUGUAUAUGCCCACUAAAUGUGGCCUGCCAGUUGUUGGCUCUUACUACAGCUUAUUGCUUUCCCUUAUUGCUCUGACUUCCCAGCCUGAAGCUUUGAUCUACCACCUGCUCCAGCCCUCUUUUCUUUUACGGGCACCUCUGCCCUGGUAGAGUGUGUUUGGCAACCUUGAAGACUAGGAACCUGUUUCAUUUUGCACUAACAGCAUCUCUUUCUACCUGCAGUGGGAAUUCCAGGUGGGGCCUUGCGAAGGUAUUGAGAUGGGUGACCACCUGUGGAUGGCGAGAUACAUUUUGCAUCGGGUCUGCGAAGACUUUGGGGUCAUCGCCACUUUGGAUCCAAAACCAAUAACCGGCAACUGGAAUGGCGCUGGGUGCCACACCAAUGUCAGCACGAAAGAAACAAGGCAGAAAGGGGGUAUCAAGUGAGUGGACUUUCCCUUAUAGGGCACUUGAGUGGGUCAUUUGAGGGUCUGUGGGUGGAGCUCAAACACUGCAGCAAUGUUGUCUCCAUUUGCUUGCUUAAGUUGUUUGCCUUCUGGCGGUUCCCUCACUGCGAGAAGCCAAGUUACAGGGAACCAGGCAGAGGGCCUUCUCGGUGGUGGCACCCACCCUGUGGAGCGCCCUCCCACCAGAUGUCAAAGAGAACAACAACUACCAGACUUUUAGAAGACAUCUGAAGGCAGCCCUCUUUAGGGAAGCUUUUAAUGUUUGAUGCAUUACUGUAUUUUAAUAUUUUGUUGGAAGCCACCCAGAGUGGCUGGGGAAGCCCAGCCAGAUGGGUGGGGUAUAAAUAAUAAAUUAUUAUUAUUAUUAUUAUUAUUAUUACCCCGGUGUUUUUGCUGUAGCCCACCUACUCCAUUCUUUCCACUUCUGCCAUCCUCUCGCUCACCUUGGGCAGAGAAGAUGAGUGGCGACACCAUGCAGAAUGCCAGGCCUCUUGGCAAACAGGUGUGGGGGGCAUUCUGGAGUAUGGCUGAAGUGGUGGGGGAAUAGUGGGAGUGCCCAGGAGGUGGCGCUUUCCCAUUUUGCCUCCGGUGGCAAGGCGGUACAAGCCACCUCUGGCUGUUUGACUGUCAGGUGUGCUUCUGUAUUUGCCAGGCUUGUAGCAAGGACAGCCUUGGAGGUGGUGAUUCCGCUUGCGCCUAUAUAAUGAACAAAUGCCAAAUGGUGCAAAAAGUGUCUGGAGGCUCCUGCUCCUCAAAUCGUGUGUAAUUUUCCCCAUUAAAACUAUAUUGCAGAGGGAGUACCACCAAGCUUCCAGUGUAAGAUUUGGUGCUGUCCCUUUCAGGGGAAAUACAUAAAUUAAUGUAAGAAAAGAUUGCUGUUGAGUUCCAGUUACAAUUCAAGUUGCCAAGAUCAUAUAUAGUAUCAAUUCUUUUGACAAUAUCUACCAUUUGUACAAUCAAAAAUAUUCAGAAGGACUAAUUUUGGACAGUGAUCAGUGGUUUGCUUUUGUAAAUUUAUGGUCACUGUCAGAAUAGGUUUCCAGAAAUCUUCUACCAACAUAUUCCCAUCUUAAAGUUAUAUACAGUGGUACCUCAGGUUAAGAACUUAAUUUGUUCUGGAGGUCCAUUCUUAAUCUGAAACUGUUCUUAACCUGAGGUACCACUUUAGCUAAUGGGGCCUCCUGCUGCUGCUGUGCUGCUGGAGCACGAUUUCUCUUCUCAUCCUGAAGCAAAGUUCUUAACCCGAGGUACUAUUUCUGGGUUAGCGGAGUCUGUAACCUGAAGCAUCUGUAACCCGAGGUACCACUGUAUACAAAAUCUCUCUCUCUCUCUCUCUCUCUCUCUCUCACACACACACACACACACACACACACACAUUUUUGACAUUUGCAGAGGAGAGUGUGAUGCCGUCUGUGCCAUAAUUUCAAGAAGUUUUCCUGAACGUAAAUAUUCUUUGUCUUGCUUUUCUAAUGUGCUCCAUCUGACGCUUGAGUCUGUGAUUGGCCUGCUCUCCAGAGACGCAUUGUCUCUGCCCUGCCAUCACAGUCGCCCCCAAUACUUUUUGCUUAUUUUUCCUUUGUGUGCCUGCAGUUCCUCAAUGCGUAUUUUUUUUCUGCCUCUCCUCUUCAGGUUCAUUGAAGCUGCCAUAGACAAGCUGAGCAAACGCCACAAGUACCACAUCCGCAUGUAUGACCCUCGCGGGGGCCAGGACAACUCCCGGAGGCUGACGGGCCAACAUGAGACCUCCAACAUCUUCGAGUUCUCGGCCGGCAUUGCCAACCGUGGGGCCAGCAUCAGGAUCCCCCGCCAAGUUGGGCAGGAUGGCUGCGGGUACUUUGAGGACCGCCGCCCCUCUGCCAACUGCGACCCAUAUGCCGUUACGGAGGCCAUUGUGAGGACUGUCCUCCUCAAUGAGUCCGGGGACGAGCCCGAGGUUUAUAGCAAUGAGGAGCGGUUGCAGAGCGCGGCCACCAAAGACUAAGCCCCCAUGGCCCCCUCACUCCCUAAAGUGUUGUCCCGUAGCAGUUAGUAAAUGGCUGACAUCUUUGGAACUCCUCGCAUCGUGACAUGUUGACUUACAGAACAUAUUUCUAUAUGUAUACAUAUAUAUUUUUAGGAGAGAAAAUUAUUUUCCUAGUGGGCUUAACGAGUUCCCUGGUGGUUGUUGUUGUUUAGAUCAUAAUGUGGGCUUUUGAAGUAGGGGUGGGGAAAACAUGUGGCCCUCCAUUGGUUGUUGGACUCUCGUUCCAACCAGCCCAAAGCCAGCAGGGCAAGCGCUCCUGGAUGAUGGGAAUUGUAGUCUAGCGGUAUCUGAAGGGCCUGCAAGCUCCCGAACCUUGCUUUAUGGUUGGGCUUGUUUCAUUGUUUAAAUUGACUUUGUUAAGUGGGAAGAUCAAGUUUUGUAUAAAUUUGUACACUCCUCCCACCCUUUUUCUGUCUCCACUACAAUGAAAUAAUAAAGUGCAAGAUCUU